CUUCAUUGGACUUCUCAUAUAAGCUUACUUCCUGUGGUAGCAAAGGCGAAAUAUUCCUUGUUCUAUAUAGGUUUUUAUAUAUAUUUUAAAUGAGUAUUGUGGUAUGGCUGCGAGGGAUUAUGAUCAUUUAUUCAAGCUCCUAAUCAUUGGAGAUAGUGGUGUUGGAAAGAGCAGUUUGCUCCUCAGGUUUGCCGAUAAUAUGUUUUCAGGAUCGUACAUUACGACUAUUGGUGUGGAUUUUAAGAUAAGAAAGAUCAAUGUGGAUGGUGAAAUGGUGAAAUUACAGAUUUGGGAUACAGCUGGACAAGAAAGAUUCCGUACCAUAACAUCGACGUAUUACAGAGGAACACAUGGAGUUAUUGUGGUGUAUGAUGUGACAAGUGCUGACACAUUUGUUAAUGUGAAAAGAUGGCUACAUGAAAUUGAUCAAAAUUGCGAUGAAGUUGUGAGAAUUUUGGUUGGUAACAAAGAUGAUAAUCCGGAAAGGAAAGUUGUUGAAAAAGAGGAUGCAAUGAAGUUUGCAGAACAAAUGGGGAUCCAAGUGUUUGAAACAAGUGCAAAAGAUAACAAAAAUGUAGAAGAGGUGUUCAAUGCAAUAACUCGCAUGGUUUUACGGCAGAAGAAAGAACAACAAGCAAAGGCCAAUGAACAAUCAGGAGUUAUAAAAGUCAAAAAGGACAGAAAGAAAUCUGGGAGGAAAAAAUUCUGCUAAUAUAUACAUGUCUAAGUCAGAUUUUAGAACUCUAUCAAUGACACAGUCUACGAACUGUGGUAAAAUAUGGACACUUAUUUACCUCUUGGGUCGAAUACCGAAGAUUUAACCUCUAAACCUGUUUUACAUGUUGUCCAUGUACCCUACCAAAACAGAGCACAGUCGAAACUGCAGUUCUUUACCUCUCUUUCCUUUCAUGAGUUUGAGUUUCAAGUCCAGUUCUUGAUAAAACUAUUUAAUUAUUGCAAUAUCCCAGGAAGAGUCUGCACCUUCAUCUUGACUGCUCCUGCAGCGUGCAGCUUGCUUAGAUUGAUAAUUAAUUGAAAGUCUCUUGUUUCUACCUCAGACUUUCAUUUGUCAAUUUACACAGAAUUUUGUGUGGUGGCCUUGUUUGAAGCAAUCACACCUCUAAAAUGGAGAACGAAACAAUUUGUACACUAUAUGUAGUGUAAAGAUAAAUACAUGUAUAUGGCUCUACUCUUACACCCAAAUGAAAGCUUGCCAUUCUCGGGGCAACUGGAAUGCUUAUUAAGCCAAUCGGAGUGUUGAUUAGACUAAACGGACGCCACGGAGUGCUAAUCAGCCUAAUGAUAGUGAUUUGACACCUGAGCUUGAACUCAAACGCUUGAACUGAUCAAUCCUGUCUUCCUUUGUGUACAGAAUCCUUAGUUUUUGUUAAAUUUAUAGUUGUUAUUAUUUUAAGAAAAUUGCUGGAACUUUGCCAUUUGUGUGGAGUGGCAAAAAAUAAAUGAAUGCGUAGAAGUGUA